AAAAUAUCUAGACCAAAAAAUAGCCAAUGAAAAAUUUGGGAUUUUUUUUGAAUGAUCAAAAACCGAAAUGCACAAAGCAAAACUGAAAUCCAAAAGUGGCGCUAACUCAACAUUUUUCAAAUCCUGAAACUGGCGGCAUCUUCUACUUCUUCCGAUCUUCUCUACUCUAUAUUUAUCUCAAUUAACCCUAAAUUUCUUCAAACCCUAAUUUUUUACUAUAAUUUCCAUUUCCAAAUCUUCUGAUUACUUCAAUUUUAAUCAAAUGGCUGAAAAUCGCAUUGAUUUUCAGAACGAUUCUCGCCAGUAUUCAACUCGCUCAUCAUCGUCAAGGAAACGCGCGUUUUCUGAUGCUACUGACGCGCUACAACCCGCCAAAAAACGAGUUCAUUUGGGGGAAAUCACUAACAGAGUCACUGUUACUGAGUCAACUCGUAACUCGGGUGUUGACUCGAGUAAUCAAUUAGGAGGAGGCGGUGCUUUUUCUAAGGUUACUGAUUCGCUACAACUCGCUAAGAAGCGAGUUCAGUUGGGAGAAAUUACUAACACAGUCACUGGCACUGAGUUAACUCGUAACUCGGAUGGUGACUCGACUCCAGUUCAACAGCAGCGGCGGCAGGAGAACCAGAAACAACAAAAUGAUGGUGAUGAUUUGGAAGACGAUUCAUUGACUAUUGAGUUAACUCAGAAUUCUGAUGUUGAAAUUAGUACUCGGAACACAACUUGUGAAGUGAAGAAAUGUGAAUCUGAGAUCUCGUUGAGUAGCGGAUCUAAUCGAGAUUUGGCGUUAAAGAAAUGUUUAUUUUCGUCGUCUAUUUAUGGACAUCUUCAUUCUUUGGAGAUGGAUGACAAGAGGAGAUGCUCGUCAAAUUACAUGACUGCGAUACAGACUGACAUUUCAGCUAAAAUGCGAGAAAUUCUAGUUGACUGGUUGGUGGAGGUUGCUGAAGAAUACAAGCUUGUAUCGGACACUCUUUAUCUCUCAGUGUCAUAUUUAGAUAGAUUCCUUUCUUCACAAAACUUGAGCAGGCACAAGCUACAACUCCUCGGUGUUUCGUGCAUGCUUAUCGCCUCGAAGUAUGAAGAGAUUAGUCCUCCUAAUGUGGAAGACUUCUGUUACAUAACAGAUAAUACUUACUGCAAGGAAGAGGUAGUCGAUAUGGAGAAAGAUGUACUUAAAUUCUUGAACUAUGAAAUGAGUACUCCAACAGCAAAAAACUUUCUAAGGAUUUUAGCAAAAGCUGCUCACGAAGAAUCCAAAUCUCCUGAUUUGCAUUUUGAGUUCUUGAGUUGUUAUCUUGCGGAGCUAAGUUUGUUAGACUAUCAAUGUCUCUGCUUCUUGCCAUCAGUCGUUGCUGCAUCAGCCAUUUUCUUUGCAAGAUUUAUAAUCAAACCGACAAUGCAUCCCUGGAAUGCAUCAUUACAGCGGUGUUCAGGUUAUAGACCAUCCGACUUGAAAGAAUGCGUUAUUGCCAUUUCUGGCCUGCAAUCAGAAAGAAAAGUAGGUGCCACGAGAGCUGUAACGGUUAAAUACUCACAGCAUAAGUUCAAAUGUGUGGCAACACUCUAUUCCCCUUCCGAAAUUCCUGCUCAUUACUUCGAUGCGAUAGAGGAAUAAAAACUCACAAAAUUCUCUUAAAGUAUCAAAUUUCAAGGAGUUCAAGGGAUCAAAUUGAACAGUUGAACACCUUGUUUGCUGCAUUGAUGAAUCCACACCCAAUUCUGAACUCAUAGAUUUGCUGUAAUUAAUUAUUUCGGUUUUCUCCUAGCGGCUUUUUUCUCCGCAUUAUUACGGAUGCGACAAUAAUGGGAAGCAGAAGAAGAAGAAGAUUAUAUGGAUUUAGGUAGAAAAAGAUAUGCUGAAUGCUGUGUCAACUUCUGGUUGUUAGCAGGUUGGUUUUGGGUGCUUGAUUGUUGGGUUUAGCUAAGGAACUUUUUUUACCUUCUGUAGAUGAUGUUAAUUAGAAGAAAUAAAAAAAAAUUGUAUUCUUCUACUAAAUAAACAUUUUUUUAAUGCUAUAUAAUUGUCAAUAUCAAGCA